GCUGUCUGCCAAGCCCUCCUGGGCUCUGAAGACCUCCUGCAGAAUAUCCCCACGUCAUAGCAGUCCUGCGGUUCGAAAGAAUCCCUGUUGGAUAGCCCGUCUCUUCUCUGCACCUCACUCUGAGAAAUCCAACUCUUUAAGGCAGAUGCAGAAAUGCUGGAGAGAACAUCAGCUCAAGGUGACCUAAAUUGGGGACCUUCAGAUAGUAACAUGGCCAAGACUCUCCUGGAAGACUUGUCCACAGCUGCCUGCUGAGCCUCCUCCAGAGCUUCUGACUCCGAGAAUCCUGUUGUUCCAGGCCACUAGCGAAGGCAAUGGUGAGCAGGACUCAUGGUGCCAAAUUCAUUCAGGACUUGGACAUGAACACAAGAUAAUUCCCACUUGAUGGAGCUACUUUUUUUAUGGGAAAGUUGAAAGGUGAUGUCUCCAGGAUGGCUGACAACAAUGUUUCCAGGAAUUCCUCCUGUGACCCUAUCCUGACGCCCCAUCUCACCAGGCUGUACUUUGUGGUGCUCGUCGGAGGACUGUUGGGACUCACCUCCAUCCUGUUCUUGCUUGCCAAGAUGAACACCCGCUCUGUGACCACCACUGCGGUCAUUAACCUGGUGGUGGUCCAUGGGGUGUUCCUGCUGACUGUGCCUUUCCGCUUGUCUUACCUCAUCCAGGGGAAAUGGUCGUUUGGCUUGCUCUUCUGCAGACUCGUGAGUGCCAUGCUGCACAUCCACAUGUACCUUACUUUCCUCUUCUAUGUGGUCAUCCUGGUCAUCCGGUACCUCAUCUUCUUCAAGCGCAAGGACAAAGUGGAAUUCUACAGGAAAUUGCAUGCUGUUGCUGCCAGUGCAGCCAUGUGGCUUUUGGUGGUGGUCAUCGUUGUGCCUGUGAUCUUUUCUCAUUAUGGAAAUAAGGGGGACUACAAUGACCAGCACUGCUUCAAAUUCCAUAAAGAACUUGUCUACCCAUAUGUGCAAGUCAUCAACUACAUGAUAGUCAUCCUCUUCAUAGCCGUUGCGGUGAUGCUCUUGGUCCUUCAGGUCUGCAUCAUUGUGUCCAUGAUGCGGAAGCUCCACCACUCCUUCCUCUCCCACCAGGAGUUCUGGGCUCAGCUGAAGAACCUAUUUUUCAUAGGCAUCAUUCUCACUUGCUUUCUGCCCUAUCAGUUCUUCAGGCUCUAUUACUUACAUGUUGUGGCUCAGUCCAAGGUCUGUAAUGACAGCUUGAUAUUCUACAAUGAGAUCUUCUUGAGCGUAACAGCAAUUAGCUGCUGUGACUUGCUGCUCUUUGUUUUGGGGGGAAGCCAUUGGUUUAAGCAGAAGAUAAUUGAAGUGUGGAAUUGUCUGUGGCGCCACUAGCUGGGAACUGCAGUAAUGACUUCUCAGUGGGAGGGAAAAGGGGGAGGGAAGGCAAGAAUGAUAUUUUAUCACUUCCCAUGCUUUUAUCCAGCUGAACAGAAAGACUAGAAUAUCAGAGCAAUCCUCCUAAUCAUAAUUUAUUCUUCAUGGAAGAUGGCGAAAGAUGCCAUCUGUAGACCAGCCACAUUGUUUUCCAGUGUCUAGUGUCUGCUUGGUCCAUCUAGGCAACGUUGGUCUAAUGAGUGCUAUAGUUUCUUAGCUCUCUAACUUUUGUACUUUAAACUAUGGUCUUUUCUUAGGCUUCCCAUUAGAUUCAUCUGUCUAGUUAUGUCACUCCACUUUUCCUUAGUAAGGUUAGUGCUGGUCCAAGUAAUCCAGAUACAAAUAUACAAACUCUACUUGACACACCUGUGAAGGAGCCUUGUUCCACUAACACCUUGGCCAAACUAAGCAAAACAAAGCAACCUCUCCCUAAAAAAAAUGAAGAAAGAGAACAGUAAGACUUUUUUUAGACUUUUAUAACUUUGGUGAGAAUUCAAGUACCUGAAAGUCAAGAGAAACUCAGUCCACGGAUUUGUGUUAUAAUAAAAUUUUCUAGAUAUAUCUUCUGAAAGAUCAAGAUUAAGGGCUGAAAAUUAGAUGCUGAACAUCACAAAUUGUACUCUUCCUCCAAAAGUCAUUCACAGGUUUACUAAACAUGUCUCAGCAACAGUGAUACUGAAACUUUGAGAGUGUUUCUCACCAAGGUGCUGUUGGGCAUUAAAAUGAAUUCCUAACGAUAGCAAUUAAAAUGUUUUCCUUUUCUGGCUUUUGUUUGCUACUCCGGGCUAAAGUUAGCUUAGAAAUUUUUCUGGAGACAGAAAGUUUGUACUGAAAUUCUUACAGCUCCAUUCUUGUCUUUUUUAAAAAUGUAUCUAAUGCAGGGUCUACAGGGU